GCCCCUUUAAUCAAAUAAACAAAGCACCAUCCAAUUUAUUUUUAUUUUAUAUUUUUUUCCAUAUAGAAUAUAGAAAUCCGAAUUAUUUUAGGUAGGAACAAGAAACCACUCAAUUUAUUAUGUCCCACUCUCUUCCUUGUCCCGUCUUUCAAAGCCUUCUCUCACCCUUCGUUUGUGAGGUUUUCAUGGCCGCCCACCUUCUAUUCUCUUCCUCUUAGGCCCCUUUUGUUCCUCUCAUUUUUUUCUUAGCUAUCCGCAUUCUCCACACCCAUCACAAUCUUUUCUUUCUUGUCCUUUUUUUCUUUCAAGUCUUCAUUUGCUGGCUUUUAUGGCCUUUUGAAUGCACCAACCCCUCCUGAAUAUCCCAGAGGGAGUCUUUCUACACUGGAGCUCUGCAACAGUCGUUGGAGGAGGUGGAGAAGUUGCUUGCUUUCUGAAUCUCCCACACUUCCUGCACAAUCAUAAUCAUCUUAAUUAGCAAAAGAACCAUCUCUCCACAUUUGUUGGUGUUUGCUUCCCCAUAUUGUGUCAUUCCUUAAAAGGUCUGUUGCAUUUGUCUUGCUUGCUUCCACCAUGGCAACCAAGAUGAAAGGGAUCUACAAAAGUUUCAAAUACAUCUCCCAAAUUUUUGUUGUGAAGGAGCGUGAGAUGGAAAUUGGGUACCCAACAGACGUGAAACAUGUGGCGCACAUAGGUUUGGAUGCCCCUUCUGGCAGUGCACCUACUUGGAUGAAUGAAUACAAGACAGCAUCUGAGUUUUCAACGAAAUCGCUCGGCAGUUUCGGUGAAUUUAGAGAUUCCAGCUCUUUGGCUCUUUCCACAUGGUCCUCUCACGAUUUUGAUCACUCCAUGAGACACCAACCAACCUUUGACAUGUUCAAAGACGUUCCACCUACAGAUCUUCCUAAUGUUCCAAAGAAACCGAAGAGAAAAAAGUCGAGAUCAAAUUCUUCUCCCAAGUCUUCUUCCUCCAGAUCGUCACGAUCAGCAAAGACAAAGACUGCAUUCAAUGAUAUGGAUGCGACAUCAAACUUACAAGUUUAGAAAUGGUGUAAAAUUGUGAAAUUGGUGCGAGGAACUAACGAAGGAAAACUAGUGUUGAUGUGCAUAGCAAACGUUUUUGAAAUCCCCUGUUCUUACUGAUCAGGUCUUCAAGGACAACAUGGGAGGUUGGACACAAUCUUGUGUAGAUUUAGAAAAUCGUGUUUUCUGGAAAGAUAGAAAUUGAUUAGGUGGUGGCAACAUAUGCGAAAAAGUAGAAAACAACAAUCAAUGUUCAACGAAUAAUCAUGCAUAGAGUUGGAUUCCUAAGUUCUGCUGAUUGAUCUUGCAAAAAAAAAAAACACGAAGGGAAUGGUGUUUGUACUGGCAUGGGGAUGCUAGAAUGUUCUUUAA